AUGCACCUCGCACUUGGGAUCUUUUUUGUCGGAUUGGUCAUAUUUCUUGUACCGCUCCGAUCUGGCCUUUCCUGGGUCAUCGGCAUAGGCACCGUCGCUGCAUACGCGACGUAUUUGAUAACCAUCUUCCUACCAAUUCUAUACCCACAAUGCCCCUACCGCAUACCGCUGUCGGAUCUCGUAUACUUUCCCUAUCGCUAUAUUACCCAGGACCUAUUCCCUAAACACAUCCGUCCGCUCUUCGUGGAAGAGAAGGAUGAUGAAUCUGUUUUCUACGAGCUUGAAGGGAAGGGCAUAAGUUCGUUGGAUGAUCUGGAAAGAGGAGUGGUGCAAGAACGGUCGGGAAUCUUGUCGGCGGAAGCGUUACAUUGGUUAUUCUCUUCCUCGUCAAAUCCUACGGUACACAGUAUCGUGGUACAGUCUAUCGGCGGCUUGCCACUGUCGGCGAAGGAUACAGUGAAGAAAGUAUUUGGGGGACGCGACAGACAUGUUCAACCAAAGCCAAGACCAGGAAUGGAACCUAAAGUCGAACGCUUACUUCGUUUCGAGUUGUUCAUCCCAAACUGGCUUCACAUGGGACGUAACCGACUUUACGUCGAUAUUGCCGACGGCGACUUGGAACUCGCUGCCGCCGUUCAAUCAAACGAUGCUGUCCAGAAGAGUCAAUACAAACCAUUCAAUACACCUACUCCCGCCGCGUUUUUUGAGCAAGUGACGUGUUCUAGUCAAAUGAACCUGCCUCCAGUUGUUUGGCUUAAACUCAUGCAAAUGGCCAAAGAUGAUGGCGCAUUCGCUCCGAUCGACGUCGACUCACUAGAUUCCUUUCCUAUGGAUCUGUGCAGUCGCGUCGUUCCUUGCAUAAUGAACACGUUCAAAGACGCAUCGCCAUGCUUUUACUUCGAAAAUGCAGCUCCAGACUACUUUAACGACGAAUCGACAGCCAACUUGCUGAACAUGAUUUCGGCGUUUGAUAUAUUGACUGAUAAAAUAUCUUUUCCUUCGACCUUUAAGCUCAUGCUAGCUUUCGUUCGAUAUCUACUUCAUCGUGUCUCCCUAUCUUCUUUCGAUGUCGACAUCCAACGUGCCAUAUCAGCUACCCACUUCGUCCUCCACAACUACGUGUCCAAGAAUCUUCCUGACGAACAGAUCGCCGCUCUUGCAAAUCUCGUGGAAGAUGUCGUUCAUAGCCCCGUCUUCAAGCCCGGGUCUGAAUGGACGGUCGAUCCGCAAGACAAUUUUUGGCCCGCUUUACAACCACUGGUCGAAACCAUGAUCAAUCAAUACGACGCACUGUACGAUGCUGAUCACCUUAGGCGUGCGCCCUUCGACACUAUGUGUAAAAUUUUAGGAUUUGGCCUCAGGCAUGGUGUGGAAACUGUGUACGACAUUUUCCUCGAUAUGCGAUGUCUGGAUGUCUUCGGAAGCCACUCCCUUCGUCCUUUGCUGGUCACUGUUAUUAACGGAUACAUUGCUGGACUUGCGGCAUUGGAUACACCGAUCGAUGUCCAGCGACAUUUGGACUACCUUCACAAGCCCGAGAAUCUCUUCUUGGUGUGUUGCAUUCUAAUCACCAACGGGUGGAACGCAUGCGGUGAAUUACCCGAUAACGUAUUUUCACCACCACUCCGACUAUCAGAAGAUAUCUGUACGGACAUAGGGGCACUAGCAAGUCUCCGACCGUCAGAUCCUUCUUGGGAUCAAUGCCGUCGAAAAUUGCGCGAUUUACUGCAGGAUGACGGAGGCGAGUUUUUCGUCAAGCAACAGAAGUAG